UUUAGGAGUUAGUUUUGCGUGUGUGUGUGCGCGUGCGUGUGUGUGUGCGUGUUAGGAACAGACCCCACGCGUAAUUUAUGGAAGUCUUUGCGCAGCUCCGUGGUUUAAUGAAAGUGCGCGCCAUCAACAAGUAGGACCAGCAUGGCCCUGACGCGCACGGUUUGGUGUUAUUAGUGUGUGUGUGUGUGUGUGUGUGCGUGUGUGUGACCCGUGGGGACUUAGUGGCGGCGUGGAGCAUGAAGAAGCAUGGCUUGGUGUGAGCGUGGGGUUCAGACGCUGCUGGCCACCGUGGGGGCUUUCGCCGCCUUCAGCCUGAUGAGCAUCGCCAUCGGGACGGACUACUGGCUCUACUCGCGGGCGUACAUCUGCAACGCCACCAACAGCACCGCGGACGACACGCAGCCGCAGCCGCGGAGCAAAAAGGGCGACCUGACGCACUCCGGACUGUGGAGGAUCUGCUGUAUUGAGGGCAUCAAUCAAGGCAGCUGUUACAGAAUCAACCAUUUCCCCGACGACAACGACUACGACACAGACAGCUCGGAAUACCUGCUGCGUAUAGUGCGAGCCUCCAGCGUGUUUCCCAUCCUCAGCACAGUUCUGUUGAUGCUGGGCGGCUUGUGCGUGGGAGUGGGCCGUGUCUACAGCAAGACCAACAACGUCCUCCUCAGCGCGGGCAUUCUCUUUGUUGCCGCAGGUCUGAGCAACAUCAUCGGCAUCAUCGUGUACAUCUCCAGCAACGCGGGAGACCCCAACGACAAGCGGGACGACGACAGGAAGUACACCUACUCCUACGGCUGGUCCUUCUACUUCGGCGCCCUCUCCUUCAUCGUGGCCGAAACGGUGGCCGUCCUCGCCAUCAACAUCUACAUUGAGAAAAACAAGGAAGUCCGCUGGAGGGCGCGGCGCGACUUCAUCCGCUCGCUCUCGUCCUCGUCGCCGUACUCCCGGAUACCCAGCUUCCGCUACCGCCGGCGGACCUCGCACGCCAGCUCUCACUCCACGGAGGGGUCGCGGGAGAACUCGCCCGUGGUGGGCCUGAAGCGGGCGCCGUCCUCCGGCGGGGCCUUGGACGAGCUGUCCAUGUACGCGCUGGCGAGGGACAGCGUGACGGAGAACGCGUACAGCCCCGAGCACGAGGCGGCCGCGGAAUUCCUGCAGGUGCACAACUGUUUCUCCAACGACUUGAAGGACGGGGUGAACCGCAGGACCACGCCGGUGUGAGCCGGACCGUGAAGCCAGGUCUCCUUUUUUGCGGACGGCGAGAUGAAAUGGACUAUCCUUUUUGUUUUUGUGUACCCGCUUGUACAGAUGGUGGAUGCUGCUGAACAGUGGUGUGCGCCGUAGCCAACGUGAAUUCAGUGUUAGCUUCUUUGAGCUGGCAACAGGAUGCCAGAUGCUGUUUUAUCACGCAGUAUUCAGCAUUAUUCCACCUGUAAAUGACUCCAUAAGGUGCUCUAUUCUCCUGUCUAGUGUUCUAUUUGUGUGUUGCUUAGAAUUGUGGAGCUCACUCCAGGGUCCGCGUUUCGAUCAAGGGUACGACCAACUACAGA